CUCUAAUUAGGGAUGUACGAGCGGGCAGCCGGGUGGUUGAGGAUGCAUCACGCCUAACACCAGUCCAUGAUUCCGUACUUCAACUUGACCCUUUCUCAUAGAGCCAGAGAGUUCGUUUUGGUUUAUCGUGGGGAGAAAACAAAGAGCCUCAAAGACCCAAUGUCAUCAUGGAGCUAUCCGAUUUAGCAGGCGGUGUGGCGGGUCAUCCACGGCAGAAUGGAAGGCUGCAGGUCCCAGCGCAACCAGCCCCAGGCUACGAAGCUUGAGCUGCCUGGUGCUCAACCACCUCAACUCCAUCCCGACCUAUACUAACAACCAACGCCCAAAAUCCACCUCCAACGAAGCUCUCCAUCGCAACCCACGCAUAACGAUAUUUGCUUCGCGCAAUCUCACCGAUCACAUUCUACGCGGCGCUGCUAGAGCAGCUAAUAAUUCAUCAUGUUCAGAAACAACUACGAUAACGAUUCCGUUACCUUCUCGCCCCAGGGCCGAAUAUUCCAGAUUGAAUAUGCUGCUGAGGCAGUGAAGCAAGGUUCAGUCGUUGUCGGUAUCGCCAGCAAGACCCAUGCCGUUCUUUGUGCUGUCAAGCGAAACGCAGAGGAACUCUCAUCCUACCAGAAGAAGCUCUUCACUGUCGACGAACAUGCUGGUAUCGCCAUCGCCGGUCUUACUUCCGAUGCUCGCGUUCUCUCCAACUUCAUGAAGCAGCAGUGUCUAGGACACCGACUCACCUACGGCCGUGCCAUUCCCCUCCGAUCCCUUGUCGACAUGAUCGGUGAGAAGGCCCAGAUGAACACUCAAAUGUACGGAAAGCGACCUUACGGUGUUGGUCUGCUAGUUGCCGGUGUUGACGAGCGCGGUCCCCACCUGUUCGAGUUCCAGCCCUCAGGCAUGACAGAGGAGAUGCUUGCUUUUGCCAUUGGCGCGCGAAGCCAAAUGGCUCGAACAUACCUUGAGCGCAACAUCGACGAGUUCGCCGACUGUUCAAGGGAGGAGUUGGUCAAGCACGGUCUUAAGGCUCUGAAGGAGAGUUUGGUUCAGGACAAGGAGCUUACAGUAGAGAACACAUCAGUCGGUGUAGUGGGCAUCAACACAAAGGACGGCAAGAAGAAGGUCGAGCCCUUCAAGCUGUACGAUGGAUUCGAGGUACAGCCAUGGAUCGAGAGCGUUGGCGAGGGUCAAGGUGGCGCAGAGGAAGGCGACGGUGAGGGCAUGGAUGUGGACAGCUAAACGUGUGACGAAUGAUGAAGCGGAUACACGUGGCGUCGGGUUGCUAGCUAAAUAGAUCAUGUACAAUUACAUGCUGCAAAGACAGCUUUUCAUGGGUCUCACGUCUGGUCGGUCACAACAGAGCAGGUGGCUUAGGUCAUCAGUCCGUCUAUUUAUGGAGCCGCCAGUCUAUCCUAUCCUAGAAAUGCGGAAACGAAGAACUAUCCGUAAACACCGUUAAAACACCUGUUUGGCUCCAGUUUCCAAAUCCAAACCCGGAUCCUGAUCCAGCGCCUCAAACCAAUUCCUUACUGACUGCCCCAUUGAAGCUGAUAGAUGGCAUCUGAGACCUUGUAUUCCCGAAGAGCCUUGAUUGCGCCUUCAGGGGUGUCGGCGUUAACCAGGAUGUUCUUGUUGGCAGGCUUUACAAAACCCUCCUCAGAAGCGCGGUCCAUCCACUGGACGAUACCGUCCCAGUAGCCCUCAAUGUUAAGUAGAACGAUGCCGCGGUUGUGGAUUCCCAGUUGGUUCCAAGUAGUUGUCUCGAAGAUUUCCUCCAUGGUACCAAAUCCGCCACUCAAGCCGAUGAAGCCACUGCCGGGACCACCAGCAAAAACCUCCUCGGCCAUGAGCUUCUUUCGAGUAUGCAUAUCCUUGACAACUGUAGUGCGGCCAUAGACAGACUCCUCUGGUACAAUGUGGUUAUGUUCAUCGACAGUUCCGUAGGUGCCAUCUCGUUCAAACUUGACCAGAGCCUCAGGGAUGAUACCAUGAACAGACUCAGGGCCGUUGAUUGCGCAGAGACUCUUUGCCACCUCGCCCAUAAGUCCGACAGUUCCACCUCCGUAAACUAUUGUCCGGUGUUAGCCAUGACGGGGUCAUACCCGGAGGUCGGCGGUUGGCGGCCCGCGAUGGUAUCCGUCGCUGGCGGACCGCCUCUCUGAUAUGACUCACCUAGGUCAAUAUUGUUUUCAGCCAUGGCUCUCCCAAGAGCACGAGCAGCUUCAAUGUGAGCAGGACUCGCGCCAGGAGCAGCACCACAGUAGACGCAAAUCUUAGUUCGAGGGUGGCCAUUCUGUGAGACAACGGCUGCCUGUGAUGGGAUGGUGCUGUCAGCAGUCAUGAUGGGCUUGUUUGUUGAUUUGUUGUAAAGACUGUAGGCUAUGAUAGUGUAUAUAAAGAGGUUGUCUCUAAAAGGAUUCGACUAAGUUUUGAAAAAGAGUUGAGCUCGUACGGAGGAGGGCUAUUUAUGAUAUAAUAAAGUGAGAACAAUGAUGGAGGCGGGUAACGAUGGAAUACUUGUUUCGGUGAGUCUUAUGUGGCGACCGUGAAGUGUUCAACUUGAACUAAGAAUAUCCCAGAUGAGUCAAACUUUGAGCAUAAAUCGUG